AUGGUCAACUGGAUCCUCGGCGACAAGUUCUACGAGAGAUACCCUCAUCUGGAUGGGGUCAAGGCUCUGUGGGAAACCAAAUGGAAGUUUCCCUGCAGUUUGGGGGUGUAUCCUUUUCACGACGGCAAGCUCGAAGACUUCCAACCCAUCUUCGAGAACCUUAUCCGAGAUAACGUGAACGAUGCCUAUACGGAUAUGUACACAGAGUAUUUUCUGCCCACGGCCGAAAAACUCACUGAUGCAGCCAUGUCAGCCCAAGCCUCCGACCGCGCCAAAGCUGCCGCCCUGUUCAAGCGCGCCGCCUGCGUCUAUCGGAUAUCUCGAUUUCCUUCCCUCGAGGCUGGCUCUGGGUUGAAGAGAAAGGCGUUUGAGCUUCAGAAACAAGUGUAUUUACGGGGUGCAAGCCUGUGGGACACUCCCAUGAAAGAGGUCAAGAUCCCGCACACUGCAGCUGAAGGCGAAGACGGCAGCGAAGUGCCGUUGUUUGUGAGGCUUCCCCGUGGAGCGAGCAGUGAGAAGAGAUGUCCGGUGGUGCUGCUGAUAACGGGACUGGACGGACAUCGACCGGACAACACAGAGCGAACAGACGAGUUUCUCGAUCGCGGCUGGGGCUGUGUGAUCACCGAAAUCCCCGGGACAGCUGAUUGCCCUGCGGCUCGUCGUGAUCCGAAGUCUCAUGAACGACUGUUCACUUCGAUCCUUGAGUGGAUGGACAAGCAGCCGGCCUUCAACAUGCGAAAAUGCAUGGCUUGGGGUCUUUCUGCUGGAGGAUACUGCGCCAUUCGACUAGCGCACACUCACCACUCGAGGCUUGCUGGAGUGGUGGCCCAAGGUGCCGGUUGCCAUCUGUUCCUGAGUCGAGAGUGGCUUGAACACGUCGACGACCACGAAUACCCCUUUGUUCUCAGCGAGGCAUAUGUGGCCAAAUACGGAUACCGGGACUGGGAAGAGAUGAAGGAAAAGGCGCAAAAGGACUUCAGUCUGGUUGAAAAUGGCAUCGUCAAUGGACCCAGCUGCAGACUGCUCCUCAUCAACGGGACACACGAUGGACUGGUUCCCAUCGAGGACAAUAUCCUCCUCAUGAACUACGGCCGCCCCAAAGAAGCUCGGUUCUACGACAAGAUGCUGCACAUGGGCUACCCACCUGCAAAUGAGAGCAUAUGGCCCUGGAUGGAAUCCAUCAUGGCGUCCGCGUCAUAA